AAUGAUUGAAUUGCUUUUGUAAUAUAGUUUGAAUCGGAAGAUGAUCUGCCGGUAUGCGAGUCGUGGUCGGUGUGCAAUAAAUUAGAUACGUAUUCGACUCCAUGGGUAGAGAGACAGUGCCGAUGCUCUGGAACUAAGUCUUGUUCAACAUCUUUGGACACUAACGAUGGCCACACAUUAGGCGAUAAGUCCAGACAAUUCAAACUUUGCGAACCGAUAAACAAACUUCCAAUUUGUCGCUAUUUUCGAGACAUAACGUGGACUCUGACCACUAAUGCAGACAAUACCACCACUCAGACUGUUAACUGUGUCUGUCCUAAGAAUAGUGUGGCCUAUAUUUUCAAACAUCAAAUAUUCAAGUCAUCCAAAGUGGGCACUGGAUAUAAAUAUCUGUUCGCCUGCUCUCCAGAAACGAGGUUGAGAUGUGAGCGCAAAGAGCCGUGUCGUCUCUUCACUGUACGUAAAAGACCAGAUGUGGAAGAAGUGAAUACUAACACCCUUUGUCAGUGUCCUCAGGGAUAUGUGUGUCCCACACACCACAAAGAAGCCAAUGUGAUAACUGCCGGAACAGUUUAUGGUGUCGAUCAUAUUAGGACAUACAGCGGCUACUGUUCCAAACCAGUCAAGUGA